AUGUUUUUACCAUAUCAAACACCACAACCUGUUAUUGUUAUUCCAUCAGUAGAAGAUCUAGUCGAUGAAGAGGCUGUACGAACACUUUCUACGAGUCUAACGUCGGCGCAACAAGCUACCGCUUCCUCAAAUUCUACAGACACAUUACCAAGCAUUACGGCUACAACAACAUUAGAAUUUGCUGGUCAGCCAUCAGAUCAAGAAGCUAAUAUCUAUGGAUUAGUCACUGUGAACGCACCUUCAAUCUUUUCAUCAUCAUCAUUCUCUCGCGUACCUAUUGAUCUCGUUUGUGUUGUUGAUACAAGUGGAUCGAUGCAAGGUGGAAAAAUCACUUUAUUGAAACAAACUUUAAUCUACAUUGUUGAUCAACUCAAUGAACUCGAUCGAUUGGCUAUUAUUUCAUUUAAUACAACAGCUUUCAAUUAUUCUCACGGUCUCAAACGUCUCAAUCAACAGAAUAAGGAGAUGUUGAAAAAGUCGAUUACUGAAAAUAUCAAGGCUAGUGGUGGUACUUUUAUUGGAUGUGGAUUAAGUAUGGGCAUUGAAUUGUUCACUAAUCGUCAAACAAAGAAUCCAGUUGGUGGUUUACUUUUACUUACCGAUGGGCAGGACAAUCAAGUUCAUGAUUAUUCAAAUUUAAUGAACACAUUACCUGAAGGUGUACUUGCUCACUCAUUUGGUUAUGGGCCUGAUCAUACAGCGGGUCUACUUGUACAACUGGCAGAACAAGGCAACGGAGGCACUUUUACUUAUAUAAAUGAAGAAGAAGCUGUCGGUCCAGCAUUUGCGAUGACGCUUGGUAGUCUUUUUUCAUGUAUAGCACAACAAAUUUGUGUCAACAUUGAAUUCAAUGGUGAAUACAAAAUAACUAAUAUUCAUUCGAAAUAUAAAUACGAACCAGAAAAACUUCCUUCAUCAAUGAUCAGUUUUAAAUUGAAUGAUCUCAAUAGUGAAGAACGACGAAAUCUCGUUUUCCAAUUAUAUAUACCUAAAAUACACGAUCAAGAAGAACAUCAGAUUGGUCAUGUAUCGAUCACCUAUUUGGAUCCUCGUAGUGGUCUAACAUUAACAACCAAUUCUGUUCCCUUUGAACUUAUUCGAGUUCCUCAACCAUCGCCCGAACUACUUGAAGUCAAUUACACACUUGAUCUUCAACGAAAUCGAGUAGAAACAGCACUUGUCUUAAAACAAGCAAUGGAAGAAAAUAACUAUGAACAAUCGAUAAAGUUGCUCAAUGAUCAAAUUGAAAAAUUAAAGAAAACUGUAUCGUCGAAAGAUCCAUUUUGUCAACAAUUAAUCAAAGAUCUUGAACAUCGUUUUCAAUCGGAACGUGACUAUCGUUCAACACAUCACAAUACUUAUAUGCAACAUUCAAGUGAACGAGGUACAUGGAGUUCUACGGCUAAUACCAGUACAACACAAUAUACUACCAUAUCGCAAACAACUCAAGCCGAACGCUUUCGAGAUUCACAAUCUCUUAAAUUACAAGAAAAGAGUGACAAUUCGUUGGAUUUAAUUUUGUGUAAAGUGAUGCGUGUCCCUGAAUAUGUUCUCGGAAAAAUUACAGUUGCUGUUCUACGUAGUCUGAGCUCUUUGAACAAGGAUUAUCGAUAUAAUUUAGAGCUUAAACCAUCGAAUAUUUUGAUUAACCAUCUAGGUGAGAUCAAAAUACGCAAUUUUGAUGUAAGUAAACGAUUCAUGGCUUCGUAUGAUGAUAGCCGUUGUUACAUGUCGCCUGAACACCUCGAAGGUACACCUAAAGGAAAAAUGGAUGAUAUUUGGGCACUUGGUUUGUCACUUGUCGAAAUGGCUGUAGGUCGAUAUCCAAUUCCAUCACCAACAUCAGACGAUAUUGAUAUAUUAUUCAAAGAAGAUCCACAUGGAAAUCUGCCACGAGUCGAAGGACAUAUAUCUCAUAAAGAAUUGUGUAUGUUCGAAAUGAUGGAAUGGAUUGUUAAUGAACCACCACCCAGUCUUCCACAAACACAUUUUUCUCCGGAAUUUUGUGAUUUUAUUGAUUUCAGCUUGAAAAAGAAUAUAACAGAACGAGCUGAUUUAAAUACGCUCUUAAAUCAUCCGUUCUAUAAACAACAUGAACUAGAGAGUCAGAAUCAAGAAGUCGUUGCGUGGAUAGAACAAAUAUGUCAACCUGAUUUCGUCAAAAGACGACGCAGUAAUGGUGGCACUAGUAGCAGCACAUAA